ACAGAGAAGAGUGACGUUGAAUAUCCCAUGUGGUAAAUUCUGAAAGUUUCACCACGAAUCUGCUGCAAUCUUUUUUGCAUUUGGGGGAUUAAUUGAGCCUCUUUCUGUACAGUAUUUAAGAAAACUAUCAGCAUAUGCUUUCUGUAUCCAUAAAACAGAAUCAAAGAUGUCGCGUUUCUUUCGUGCGGGUUCCGAAUCGGAAUCGGAGAGUGAGUCGAGCGGUGAGGAGUUGCAGCCCCAGCGCCCAACUGCUACCAGGGCUGUGUUUCAGAUGAGUGAUGAUGAAGAAGACACAAAGAGAGUUGUUCGCAGUGAGAAGGACAAGAGGUAUGAGGAGAUCAACAAUGUCAUCAAACAGCUGAAGAAUCACAAGAAGAUCAAAGACAUGUCCAACGUCCUCACAGACUUCGAGGGUCUGGGCAAGGCAUAUGAGAAGGCCAGGAAGGUGGUGGACAAGGAGGGAAUCCCACGCUUCUACAUCCGCUGUCUGGUGGAGCUGGAGGACUUCGUCAAUGAGUGCUGGGAAGACAAGGACUGGAGGAAGCAGAUCAGCAAGAGCAAUGCCCGGGGGCUGACCACACUCCGACAAAAGCUGAAGAAGUACCUGCGUGACUUCACUGACGAGGUGACCAAGUACCGGGACAACCCAGAUGCCGGGGAUGAUGAAGAAGUUGCCGCCCCGCCAAAGGAAGUGGAGUCAGAUGAAGAUGAGGAUGAGGAUGACGAGGAUGUAUCCAGCAUUCCUCGGCGACCAGCCAAGAAGAUGCUUGACGAUGAUGACAUGGACAGUGACGACAGUGACUCCUGGGACAGUUCAACCACCGAGUCUGAGUCGGACUCCGGGGACGAGAAACUGGAUACAAUGAAACUCACAGCAGAAUACUUCUUGAAAAAGACAACGGAAGAUGAGCGCCUGAAGAGAGAAGAGAGGAAAAGAGAGCGGAAGAAGGAGAAAGAGGCAAAGAAGAAGUCAAAAGAUGACGAAGAUGGAGAAUGGCAGGAAGUGGUGGGAGGAGUGCCGCUCAUGACAGAGAAGCCCAAGAUGUUCCGCAAGGACGAGGAGAUUACCCACGAGGCCGUGCUGAAGAAGCAGACAGAGAUCCUAUCAGCUCGUGGAAAGAAGAGCACAGACCGAUCGGAGCAGAUUGAGCUUUUCAAGGAGCUGCUGACAGUGUCUGAUACGGCCAAUCUCGGACCUGGCAUUGCUGUCAAGAUCAUGUUCAACAUCGUGUCAGCAAUCUUUGACUACAACCCUAACAUUGCCACCUGUAUGAGGUCCGAGGUGUGGGAAAGCUGUCUGGACAACGUGCAGAUCCUGCUGGAUAUGCUGAAGGAAAACGAUGAGAUCGUCAUUGGCGAGAACAUCCCCGACGACACACAGAUAUUUGAUAAAGCUCCGUACCGCGUGCGAGGCUGCAUCCUCACCAUGGUUGAGCGGAUGGAUGAAGAGUUCACCAAGAUGCUGCAGGCCUGUGAUGCUCACAGUACAGAGUAUGUAGACAGGUUGAAGGAUGAGCCGCGUGUGGCAGACCUCACUAAGCAGCUGGAGAAGUACCUGGAGACGCGCGCCACCACGGACGAGAUGUGUCGGGUGUACCUGCGCCGCAUUGAGCAGACCUACUACAAGUUUGACUACAAAGCCAUGGAGGGUGUGGAGCCGGACCCGGCUGAGGAGAACCCCGAGCAGAUGAUGGACCGACUCUGCAAGUACAUCUACGCCAAAGACAGCACGGACAGACUGCGUACCCGCUCCAUGCUGUGCCACAUCUACCACCACGCCCUGCAUGACCGUUGGUACCAGGCUCGGGACCUCAUGCUCAUGUCACACCUGCAGGACACAAUCCAUCACUCGGACGUACACACACAGAUCCUGUACAACCGCACUCUUGUGCAGCUGGGUCUAUGUGGGUUCCGGCGUGGCUUCAUCCGAGAUGCUCACAACGCCCUGGUUGACAUCCAGAGCAGCAACAGAGCCAAGGAGCUGCUUGCACAGGGACUGCUUCCUCAGCGCCAACAUGAACGUAGUGCCGAGCAGGAGAAGAUCGAGAAGCGACGUCUGCUGCCGUACCACAAACACAUCAAUCUGGAGCUGCUGGAGUGUGUGUACCUAGUGUCGGCUAUGCUGCUAGAGAUCCCUUACAUGGCAGCUCAUGAGCUUGAUGUGCGCCGUCGUAUGAUCAGCAAGAACUUCCACCACGUGAUGAAGAUGAGUGAGAGACAGAACUUGACUGGCCCCCCAGAGAGCAUGAGGGAGCAUGUGGUGGCAGCGUCCAAGUCCAUGAAGACCGGUGACUGGAAGGCCUGCAAGAACUUCAUCAUCAAUGAGAAGAUGAAUGCCAAGGUUUGGGAUCUGUUCUACCACAAGGACCAGGUACGUGACAUGAUCACCAACAAGAUCCAGGAGGAGAGCCUCAGGACGUACUUGUUCACCUACAGCAGCGUGUAUGACUCCCUCUCCAUGGACACACUGUCAGAGAUGUUUGAGCUCAACAAGCCUGUGGUGCACUCCAUCAUCAGCAAGAUGAUCAUCAACGAGGAACUCAUGGCCUCCCUGGACGAGCCGACGCAGACGGUGGUGAUGCACCGCACGGAGCCGAGCCGCCUGCAGUCCCUGGCCCUGCAGCUGUCGGAGAAGGUGGCCACCCUGGUGGAGAAUAACGAGCGCAUCAUGGAGAUGAAGCAGGGCAACUUCUACUUCCAGAAGUCCAAUAAUCAAGGCUACCAGCAGAACCAGAACUGGAGCCGGCGAGAUGGGGAUCAUCAGAAAGGUGGUUGGAACCGGCGUGACGGAGAUCAUCAUAAACAAGGUGGUUGGAAUCGUAGAGAUGGAGAUCAUUACAAGCAAGGUGGUUGGAAUCGGCGCGAUGGGGAUCAGAAGCAAGGUGGUUGGAAUCGUCGAGAUGGGGAUCAGAAACAAGGUGGUUGGAAUCGGCGAGAUGGAGAUCACAAACAAGGAGGUGGUGGUUGGAAUCGCCAGGAUCGAGAUCGUGGACAGAACAAUUGGAACCGGAGGGGCCGUCAACAGAGAGCAUACUAAGACUGUACACUGGGGGCGGACUUGUGAUGGAGAUGUCCCAUGGGGUGUCCAGUGGGUGCUGGUGUCUGCUUGUGUUCCUUGUGUUACUAUCUGGGGGCUGAGUCAGUCGAGCAGACUAAAGACUCCGAUAUAACUGGCUCCAGUUGUCCAGCAGACUAUUUAUGAAGACAUUGACAGGUGGAAGAUAUCCGUGUGGUUGUCGGUAGUAUAUCAGUGACCAAUCCACGUGGGUUUGGGGUUAACAAUAAUUUUCAAAUCCUUUGCUAUUUCAUGAUUGUCAUUGGAUGGAGGAAGAUUUUUAAGAUGUUAAGAUGUAAAACGACGUCCAUAUAAGUGAUGAUUUUUAUGUUUCUCCUUUACGAAGACAAUUGUAAAAUACAAUUUUCACAUGUGCUUCUCCAGUGUCAGUUUUUGAUGACAUUUUGCUAUUGUUAGAUGUAUCAUGUUACAUGCAAUUGAAGUUUGUACAUCGAGUACAAUGAUUCAGUUAUCUUUAUCAUCCUGUCUGUUUACGAUGUGCAAAAAUCAAAUUCAAGGAAAGUAAUAUGUACUGUAAAAAAUACUAAUAAACUAUUGUAAAGUUA